AUGGACCAUCGCUGCCCGGAUGUCCUGCAUUCUGUUACGGUCCCUCUGCUCCUCUCACUCCCUCUGCUCCUCCUCAGUCCCUCUGCUCCUCUCACUCCCUCUGCUCCUCCUCAGUCCCUCUGCUCCUCCUCAGUCCCUCUGCUCCUCUCACUCCCUCUGCUCUUCCUCAGUCCCUCUGCUCCUCCUCAGUCCCUCUGCUCCUCUCACUCCCUCUGCUCCUCCUCAGUCCCUCUGCUCCUCUCACUCCCUCUGCUCUUCCUCAGUCCCUCUGCUCCUCUCACUCCCUCUGCUCCUCCUCACUCCCUCUGCUCCUCCUCAGUCCCUCUGCUCCUCCUCAGUCCCUCUGCUCCUCUCACUCCCUCUGCUCUUCCUCAGUCCCUCUGCUCCUCCUCAGUCCCUCUGCUCCUCUCACUCCCUCUGCUCCUCCUCAGUCCCUCUGCUCCUCUCACUCCCUCUGCUCCUCCUCAGUCCCUCUGCUCCUCUCAGUCCCUCUGCUCCUCCUCAGUCACUCUGCUCCUCUCAGUCCCUCUGCUCUUCCUCACUCUCUCUGCUCCUCCUCAGUCCCUCUGCUCCUCCCAGUCCCUCUGCUCUUCCUCACUCCCUCUGCUCUUCUCACUCCCUCUACUCCUCCUCACUCCCUCUGCUCCUCCCAGUCCCUCUGCUCCUCUCAGUCCCUCUUCUCCUUCUCUGCUCCUCCUCACUCACUCUGCUCCUCCUCAGUCCCUCUGCACCAGCCCCUCACUGAUCCUCCUGCAGGUGGUGCGGCCUCGUGGGGACCGGCACGAGCCUCCUCCGUCUGGAGUAAAGCUCAUUAACCGUAUCAGAGAGGAGGAGUCCAGGGAGCGACCGGAGGCGGCGGCGAUCACACGUGCGAGAGGCCAGGACACUUCUAGAUCGCCAGAGACACGAACCCAUCAGGAAUUCAAUGUGUCGUGA